AAGGAUAUUAUGGCCAAGGCACAGGCAGUUAUUGAGGAAAGAAAAAAGGCAAUGGCAAACCUGCAUCCAGUGGAGCCAAAACCUGCAACCAAUGGAGCAGCUGUACCCUUGAUCAACCAAGCUACCCCAGCAGUCUUAGCAGCUGUUGGGAGCAGUGAUGUGAGUUCUCGCAUUGCUGAACUACAAGCACGCAUUCAAGCACAACUAGGUAAUGUGUCUGCAGUAGGGAUUGGAAGUGCCUUGGCAGCUGGUGUAGGUGGAGCUGGUGGAGCCCCUCCACCAGCUAAACCUCAAGGUGAGCAAAGCAAGCCAACACCUCUUAUUCUUGAUGCUGAAGGAAGAACUGUAGAUAUGAGUGGAAAGGAAGUUCAUCUAACACAGCGGAUUCCCACUCUAAAGGCCAACAUACGAGCAAAGAAACGAGAGGAGUUCAAGCAACAGUUGCAGGAGAAACCUGUUGAAGAUACUGUUGAAAGUACAUUCUUUGAUAAUCGCGUCAGUAUUAGACCUUCCAUGAAAGCUAAAAGAAUGUUUAAGUUCCAUGACCAGGGCAGAUUUAUCCAGUUAGCUCAGAGGGAGAGAGCAAAGGCUAGGCUAGAGAAACUCCAAAAUGAAAUCUCCCAAGUUGCAAAGAAGACUGGCAUUUCUUCUGCAGCUAAAUUAGCACAGCUGGAGCAGCGAGACAUCAAAAGCACAACUGAUGGAUGUCCAGAAGUUGAGUGGUGGGAUGCUGUUAUUCUGAAAGGAAAUAGGUACCCAGAGGAGAAUGAAACUAUUGCUAUCAAUGAAGAUUAUAUUACAAGGCUUAUAGAACCAUUAGAAAUGAAGUGCCCAUCUGAUCCAUCUAAACCAGUGACUCUUCAGGUGUUCCUGACAAAGCAAGAACGUAAAAAGUUACGUCGCAUGAACAGACGUGAAGCAUGGAAAGAAAAGCAGGAGAAGAUUCGUUUAGGAUUAGAGCCUCCACCAGAGCCAAAGGUGCGUAUGGCAAACUUGAUGCGUGUGUUAGGGACAGAAGCUGUCCUGGAUCCAACAAAAAAAGGAGAAGCUGUGAGGGAGCAGAUGGCCAAAAGACUGAAGGCUCACCAGGAUGCCAAUGCAGCAAGAAAGCUCACACCGGACCAGAGGCGGGAUAAGAAAAUCAGGAAACUCAAGGAAGAUACAACUACAGGAGUCCAUGUAUCAGUGUACAAAGUGACAGACUUUUCAAAUGGUUCCCACAAGUUUAAGGUUGAAACCAAUGCAAAACAGCUGUUCUUGACUGGUACAGUUGUAUUAUUUAAGGAUAUCAAUGUAGUUGUCGUGGAAGGAGGACCCAAACAACAAAAAAAAUACAAGAAGCUGAUGAUGGAGCGAAUUAAAUGGGCAGAAGAAUCACGUUCGAAAGAUGCUGAAUUAGAAUCAAAAUGCCAGUUGAUUUGGGAAGGGUCAGUACCUGAACGAAGCUUUGGGGAGAUGCAGUUCAAGGCUUGCCCCACAGAAUCUUUUGCAAGAGAUCAUUUUAAGAAACAUGGAGUGGAACAAUAUUGGGACUUAGCUUAUGGCAAGAAAAUCCUUGAAGAAGCAGAUGAAGGUGUCUGAGGGCUAAAGCAAUGGGAAUGUGUACAUUUAAGC